AUGUAUCCAGGGAUUCCAUGGCAGCGGGACAUCGCACACCAGCGCAACGGAUUCGAUCUCACUCCCGAAGAACUCGGUGAAUGGUUCCUCAAACUGCAGACUGUUGGCAAUGUUCACAAUAUCAACCUCGUCACGCCCGAGCACGUCGUCCCACAGGUCGCUCUCUCGAUUCUCGCCGCCAGGGAUAUGGGCUUGCGCGUACCGAUUAUAUACAACACUUCUUCCUUUGACUCUUUAGAGUCGCUCCAGCUACUUGACGGCCUGGUCGACAUAUACCUCCCAGACUUCAAAGUAUGGCGGAGUAGUACAUCGAAACGUCUACUCAAAGCAGACGAUUACGCCUCCACGGCAAUGGAAAGCAUAAAGGAGAUGCAUCGCCAAGUCGGCGACCUUGCGUUCACGUCAGAUGGAAUCGCUAAAAAGGGGGUUCUGCUACGCCACCUGGUCAUGCCUGGCAAGGGGGAUGAGGGAAGAGAAAUCAUGCGCUGGCUUGCAGAGAACGUCUCUCGGGAUCUCUACGUGCAUAUCAUGGAGCAGUAUCACCCCGAUGCGCACGUUGGGAAGACAAAACGGGUUACGAGGCGAGUACGUCUUGGAGAAGGUGCUGCGCCCGAGGAGGAGGUGCGAUAUGCUGAUAUCAAUCGUGCUGUGCGCGAUGAAGAGCUUGUUUCGGUCAGGGAUGCUGCUGUCAAGGCUGGACUAUGGCGGUUCUGCGAGCCUAAUGAGAAUAGCGCGUUUCAUUUAUAA